GCUGAAGCCAUACCUCACCCUCCUCGACACGCCCUUUGGCCUACCAGUUUGCAUCAUUUGCCAAAACGCUGUCCUUCCAAGGAGCCUUAUGGACCACCUCCGAAAACAGCAUCACAUACCUGUCAACCUCCGGGCCGCCGUUCGAUCUCUAGUAUCUACAUUACCGUCACUAGACAUCGCCGAUUUACACAGUGGCUGGGACGGUUACCCUCCCCUGAAAGCACUACGUGUAGUAGACGCAUUUCAAUGCAAGCACUGUCCUUUCAUUCGUCGAGAUAUCACCGAUGUGCGGAAACAUAUCAAUAAAAAACAUGGUAUUUCGGCAUCUGGUAGUUAUGACGAGAUACAGGCUCAUUCUUGGCUUGGUGGUCGGAGAGCUGUAUAUUGGAGGGUAGAGGUGUGUGGAGCAGAUGGGGCGAACGAAGGACCACAGUGCACUUGGGGCCUUUUUGGUAAAGGGUGGGGUGAUAAAACACCCAGGAGUUGGCCCAACGCGUUGGUCGAGAAAUUGUUGGUUCUCGAGGGUGGUUGGUAGUAGCGCGUUCAAAUUCGCCAUCUGUUGAACUGAAGCCCCGGAGUGGAAUUACAGGUUAGAGAGAGAAAAUGCAAUGAUACUAGCGUCACAGUGUGUUUCUGUCUUUUUGGAGGGGGUUGAGUGACAAAACAACGAGGAUCUGGCCGAGAGUGCUGGUGGAAAAUGUUUAGGCGCCUCUUCAGGGGGAUUUUUGCAUACGGUACUAUACGGGAAGUUGUGCUAAGCGAGGUUUCUCUUACCUCUGUAUUAUAGUAAGACACAUAUAUAUCGUUGGUAG